AUUCAGUCCGGAAGAGAGAGGAAGCAUGGCGUUUUUCCUUUGGCCACGUGUUGCCUGACACGUGUCAGAUUUCCAAACGUCCUUGUCACCACCCAUCUCUCUCUCACUCGAUACCUGUCAACCACCUGGAUGAACCAGUGAGCCAUUGCCAUGCUCUCGCUCAUUUUCUCCUCGUCAUCACCAACCUUCUGUCUCCGUUCCAAAACCCUAGCUCUAACGACAGCCCUUUCUUCCCUCACCGCCAGAACCACCAUGUCAGUGAGCUUACAGUCCCACGCAUUUGCAGGCAACCCGUUGAGAUCCCGGACCCCGAACCCCGAUGACCCAUUCUCGCCAAUCUCUGCCUUCGAAUCCCUCAAAACCCGCCUUUUAGAGAAUACGCACCAACCAACUUCUCCUGAUUUUAGGGUCUUGCCAUUUAGAAAGGGAAGGCCGUUGGCAUCUUCUAGUCCGGGCGGUCCAGCGCCGGAUUGGCAUCUGGGUUGGAUCAGUUUGACUGAUUUUCGGGGAUUGCUGGCCAGUUCCGGGGUGCAGUUGAGUGAGAACUCAUUGGUUUAUCUGGGUUCGAAGGUUGAGGAUGAUGUUGUGUAUUGGGCUAUCGAUGUGUCUGACGAGGGUGGUUUGGUUCCUGAAUUUAGUAGUAAGCAAUUCUGCUUUGUGGAGCUAAGGACGCUGAUGGUGGCAACUGAUUGGGCCGAUCAACAGGCUAUGGGUGAUUUAUCUAUUGCAGGCCAUGAUGCUUGCUUAUGUGCAGAAUUUCUGGCUCACAGAUGUGGCUGACUGUUGACCAUUUUUAUAACACAGAGAAUACUGUUGCAACAGUUUUUUCUUAAUAUAUAGUUAUUGCAUGGUUGCCUUCACAUAGCAUUCUCUUAGUCAAUUGUCUUCCCAUUUGUUUUUACUUCUCAAAUGGACAGGGUUUUUAAU